AUGACUGGCAGAGGUAAAGGAGGAAAAGGAUUGGGUAAAGGGGGUGCAAAACGACAUCGUAAAGUACUUCGUGAUAAUAUCCAGGGUAUUACUAAACCGGCCAUUAGAAGAUUGGCUCGACGUGGUGGUGUCAAACGUAUAUCCGGUUUAAUCUAUGAAGAGACCCGUGGAGUAUUAAAAGUAUUUUUGGAAAACGUUAUUCGAGAUGCUGUAACGUAUACUGAACAUGCAAAGAGAAAAACUGUAACGGCUAUGGAUGUCGUAUACGCUUUAAAACGUCAGGGUCGUACCUUAUACGGUUUUGGUGGUUAA